AAACCGGGGCGUUUCAUCCAGAGGAGCCCCGAGAAAAGUCGCUUUGGAUUUAUUUCCUCGCUGGCAGCCGGAUCUUUUCCUCACGGAAAGUGAAACCGCGGGAUCGGCGUCCCAGCGAGAUAAAACCUGCGUGGACAUGGCAGAGCCCGGCUCCUGGUCCGGCCGGCGUUUAUAUCCCGUGGGAGCGAAGGAAAUGCCGCUCGCUUGACUGGGGAAUGUUGUUUUUAACCGGGGUGCUGGGAUCGGGGGGGUUACUUGGGCAUACGGACCUCGGCGUCGCCUCGUAGAGGGUUUCUUCUCCACCUUUUUUUUUUAUUUCCCUGAGAAACCGGCCAACCUUCUUCCCACAGUGCGGGGCGGCCCCGGUGCCGAGCGAGCUUGCGGUAUCGGCUGGGGGUUUGGGGGGUUUUUUUUGGCUGCGGGGAUUGCGUUACGCCGUGUCCCCCCCCUCCCGGGACCGGCCAUGGCGUUGAAAGCCAGAGCGCUUUACAACUUCCAGAGCGAAAACAAAGAGGAGAUCAGCAUCCAGGAGAACGAGGAGCUCGUCAUCUUCAGCGAGAACUCCCUGGACGGGUGGUUACAGGGCCAGAACACGCCGGGCACCACCGGCCACCCUUCGCCCACCCGGCAGUCCCCGGCAGCGUACGGCCACCACGAGCACGCCGGUUACCGUCCCAAGCCGGCGCUGGAGAGGCAGGACAGCAUGAGCGCCUCCAAGAGGGGCAGCGUGGUGGGGAGGAACCUCAACCGCUUCUCCUGCUUCGUCCGCUCCGGGGUGGAAGCCUUCAUCCUGGGCGACGUGCCCCUGAUGUCCAAGAUCGCCGAGGCGUACUGCAUCGAGAUGGGCUCCAAAGGUCCCCAGUGGAGGGCAAACCCCCACCCCUUCAUCUGCUCCGUGGAGGACCCGACCAAGCAAACCAAGUUCAAGGGCAUCAAGAGCUACAUCUCCUACAAGCUGACCCCCAGCAACAUCAACUCACCCGUCUACCGGCGGUACAAGCACUUUGACUGGCUCUACAACCGCCUCCUGCACAAGUUCACGGUCAUCUCGGUGCCCCAUCUGCCCGAGAAGCAGGCCACCGGGCGCUUCGAGGAGGACUUCAUCGAGAAGCGCAAGCGGCGGCUGAUCCUCUGGAUGGACCAUAUGACCAGCCACCCCGUCCUCUCCCAGUACGAGGGCUUCCAGCACUUCCUCUGCUGCCGCGACGAGAAGCAGUGGAAGCUGGGCAAACGCCGGGCAGAGAAGGACGAGAUGGUGGGCGCCAGCUUCCUCCUCACCAUCCAGAUCCCCACGGAGCACCAGGACCUGCAGGACGUGGAGGACCGCGUGGACGCCUUCAAGGCUUUCAGCAAGAAGAUGGACGACAGCGUCCUGCAGCUGACCAACGUGGCCUCGGAGCUGGUGCGCAAGCACGUGGGGGGCUUCCGGAAGGAGUUCCAGAAGCUGGGCAAUGCUUUCCAAGCCAUCAGCCACUCCUUCCACAUGGACCCCCCCUACAGCUCGGACGCCCUCAACAACGCCAUCUCCCACACGGGCAAGACAUACGAGACCGUGGGGGAGAUGUUCGCCGAGCAGCCCAAGAACGACCUGUUCCUCAUGCUGGACACUCUCUCUUUGUACCAAGGGCUCCUCUCCAACUUCCCAGACAUCAUCCACCUCCAGAAAGGCGCCUUCGCGAAGGUGAAGGAGAGCCAGCGGAUGAGCGACGAGGGCCGGAUGGACCAGGAGGAGGCAGACGGGAUCCGCAAGCGCUGCCGCGUGGUGGGCUUCGCCCUGCAAGCCGAGAUGAACCACUUCCACGAGCGGCGCGUGGCCGACUUCAAGAGGAUGAUGCAGUCCUACUUAAAGCAGCAGAUCGUCUUCUACCAGCGCGUCAGCCAGCAGCUGGAGAAGACGUUACGCAUGUACGACAACCUCUAACGCCUCCGCUUGCUGCCCUGCCGAAAUCACGCACUUCUCUAUCCGCGGCCUUGCAGACCUCCUCUGUUUGUGAUGGGCUGAGAACGAACGGGAACUCAUGAUGCUAGUGACCAAAUACCUUCGGGCUUUCUUCCCCCUUCCCGGGCGGGCAGGCUGCGGUCCCGCGGGGAAG